GACAUUAGCUUGAUGGUCUUUCCAUGCUGUGUGCAGGUUCAUCCAGGAGACAGAGAUGAACAUGGGCCUGAGUCCCACCAAGCAGUCCAGCUCGCACCUUCCUCACCUACUACAUCAACGACCCUCUUUCUGCACCAGGUGCGGACUGAGAUCAACAAGGAGAUGGAGGCGGUGAGCAAGACCUCAGGACCCUCUCAAGAUCCUGGCACAGUGCUGACACCAUGAAGGUGCUGGGGGUGCAGAGGCCCCUGCUGCAGAGCACAGUGGUGGUGGAGAAGUCCAUGCAGGACCUGAUGAGUCUGAUGCAGGACUUGAGCGCCUACUCCAACCAGUUCCUGGAGAUGGUCUGUGACAAGCUGAAGGAGUACAAGGAGAUCUGCAACGCGGCCUACAGGGCUAUAGUCCAGUGUGAGGAGAAGCUCACCAUCAGUGCCUCCUGGUCUAAGGAUGAGGACAUCAGCCGGCUGCUGCAGUCUCUGCCUAACUGGGCCAACAUGACCCAGCCCAGACAACUGAGACCCAAGAGGGAGGAGGAGGAAGACUUCACCAGGGCGGCCUUUGCUAAGGAGUCGGAGGUCCUGACAGGGAACCUGGGUGACAAGCUGAUCCCCCAGGGUGAGAUCCUGAGAGACGUGAGCGACCUGAAGGCCCUGGCCAACCUGCAGGAGAGCAUGGAGUGGCUGGCAGGCCGGCUCAAGACCUUCUUCUCCAGCCUGCCCCACAGCACCAGUGAGUCCAUCUGUGUGUGUGUGUGU